CAGCAGAGAGUAUUAACCUAUCCAGAACAGGAAGAGAGAGGACUUUCACGGGGGGUUAUUUAGUCCUGCACCUGCACACGGAGGCUGGGGCAGUCUGAGAUCGCGAUAACAAAAGUCCUGAGUGGCUGAAAUUCAAACACAUUGAUUUAUUGGUGAAAAGCAAGAUGAUGAGAUAUGAAGAGAACUAAAUAAGUAGCAAGGCAAGAACACAAAUAAAAGGCUGAAAAGAGUGAGGUUCCACUUUGAAAGGUCAACUUUAACAAUGGCUACACAAAAGCUGGACGAGCUCUGUUAUUUGACAGCACAGUCAUUAACAUCACUUAAGACCUCUGACCACUUCCGAGUCAUCAAGCUCCUGGGUGAAGGCUCAUACGGCAAGGUCAUGCUGGCAGUUCACAGGAAGAAAGGAACUCCCAUGGCCCUGAAAUUCUUUCCCCGUGAAUCUACCUCCCUCCUCUCCUUCCUCCGCGAGUACAACCUCUCCCUCUCCUUCUGCUCGCAUCCCUCUCUCUCACGGGCUCUGGGCAUCUUCUUUUCCACUCCCUCCCACUACGUCUUUGCCCAGCAGCCCGGACUCUACGGAGACCUGUUUGACGUCAUCGUCCCAGAGGUGGGUAUGGAGGAGGAUUGUGUGCAGAGUGUGGUAUCUCAGCUAAGUGGGGCGAUCUCCCACCUUCACUCCCUGGGUUUCGUCCACCGGGACAUCAAGCCUGAGAACAUCUUCCUGUGCGACCGAGGGGGCCGCUGGGUCAAACUGGGCGACUUUGGGCUGACCCGAGCUCGGGGAACACAGGUGCGGGCGGUGUGGUACGAGUCCCCGUAUUGUGUUCCAGAGGUGGAGGUGGCAAAGCAGAGAGAGGCUUUGCCGGGAGACAAAGGCAAAGAGGAAGGAGAGCAAUCGAAGGAGGUCGUGUGGAUCUCUGUAGAGCCCAGUAUAGACAGCUGGGCUCUGGGGAUUGUAAUUUAUUGCAUGCUAACAGGCUGCUUUCCCUGGAAUGAAACUACAAUGGGCGACCCGUCAUAUAGGAAGUAUAAGGAAUGGUUUGUCAUGGAGACGGACAGGGAAGCUAAACAUGGCUGCAGCGGUCGAACUGAGAGGAAAGAGAUUGGUAUGCGGGGGGAUGCGGAGAGGUCAAAGCAGAAAGGCAGAGGCCAGUCCCAAGGUCCAAGGCCUCCCCCCGCUCAGUUCUCUGCCUGCUGUCCGCUGGCCCUCACCAUGUUCCAGAAGCUGCUGAACCUGGACCCAGAUCAGCGAUCGGAGCCGGAGGAGGUGCUUGGCUACCUGGGAAUGCCUUGGCUGCUUGAGACAGAGAAGCGGGAGAAGAGACAGGGUCAGGAGGCAGAGGAGGAAGCAAGGAAGAUCCGAGAGGCGGGACAUGUGGGGGAGAAGAAGGAGCGGGAGGGAAGAGGAGAGAGAUAGAGCAGGCCACAAAAUAUAUACAGUAGACACAAAAUAAUCAUAUACGACACAUACAAAUAUUGAAAUUAGAAAUACAUUUUAAAUAAUAUAAAUAUAUAGCCAUCCAUCCAUCUUCUAAGUGCUUAUCCUGGUCAGAAUUGCGGGAUUUCAUAUAUAAUAUUAUACAUGAGUAAAAUCAGGUAGAAAUUGACUAAGAAAUAUAAAAGGCAGAGAAUGUUGUAAAAGACAGAAGAAUACUGUAAUAUACAAAUAGUCGUAAUGAUAUUUAAUUGUUUUAUUGGUAUAAAGUUUUUAGUUUACAUGGCUGGAAAUAUUCCUUACAAAUGUUUGUGUUAUAUGUAGAAUAGGUCUGCAUGUGACGUUUGCCCUGUCAUGUACUAAGAGCGAUGUUGGAUUAAUUAAAUGUUGUUUAGAUACUUUCCACCAUCAUGAUUUGUUGUACAAUAAACUACAAUAACACUU